UGAAGCGGGAAGAAAAAUAAAGACUGAAGUAAGGAAAGUUAAAUGCGGCUCAUAGAAUGUCAGAACUGUAGAAAAGUAUUUUUCAUAACGAAUGGAGUCCGAAACGUUAUAAUUUUAUAAACCAAUUUAGAAAAACAGAAGGAGCUUUUGUCCCGCCGUUUGUUUCGUAAACUGAAUGAAGGUUUGCUAGCAAAAUAACAAAGUGAAGCGUCAACAGGUUGCCUUAUUAACAGCAUCUUUCAAUGGCCUCAGCUGGUUGGCAGCAUCCUUAUGUAAACAUAUUCAAACAUGUUAAAGUUGAGGAAUGGAAGAGGUCUGCUAAAGUUGGGGAUGUCACGUCAUAUAUGGAUAAGACAUUAAAAUGUUCAGUGUUUCGCAUCAAGGGUCCUGUUCCAGCCAACAGCUACAUCCUAGUUCCCAAAAAUCCAAACCACUCUCUGGGGUUGACCGGUCGCUACUUCUACCUUCUCUUUAGGCCCACUCCUGGAAAAUACUUUAUGGUCCACCUUGAUGUUGCUGUACAGGAGGGUCAGUUGGUCCGUAUCUCCUUUUCUAACAUGUUCAAAGAGUUCAAGUCCACGGCCACAUGGCUUCAGUUUCCAUUCGUUUGUGGCGCUGCAAAGGAUUCAGUUUAUGAGAAUACUUCAAGAUCUGCACGGCAUGGUUUACUGGGGCUGGCUCCCACCUCUGUGCGAUGGACCUGUCUGAUGAUGGAUCUGCGCUUCACCCUUUCUGUCUACCUCAAUUGUCACCACAGUCACCUCAAGAGCAUCAAACUUUGUGCCAACAUGGUGGUGAAAAACAUGUUCACUAGUGACCUGCUGCUUGAUCCAGGAAUCACCUUCAAUGAAGCAAAGCAAAGAGGUCUGUCUUCUUCUCAGGGAACAGGUCCAAUUCCCAGAGAGAUGUCAUUCCCAGUUCCUAAAGGAAGCUCCUGGGAUGAUCUUUAUGACCACAUAAAAUUUCCCUCAGAAGGCUCAAAGCUACCAUUUGACUCCAUUCAAAAAGAAGAUCUGAAGCCAAAAUCAAGAACUGCUUCAGGACAAAGAAGCCCAAUAACUGAGGAGGCCCACUUUGCCAAAAUUAGCAGAGCAGUUCAAGACAGAGUCUCCCUCCGCCAGCAGAUCAGGAUCCCAAAACUACUACCAAGAAGUGAAGCAUCGGUGGCAUCCAGCGAGCCUGAGUCGAGUGGAUUUUCCUCUAACCUGAAGGGUAGUUCUCGCUGUGAUAAUGACCUGCUGCAGGAUUCGACCGACUGCUGCUCACACGAUGCCUCAUCCCAGCCACACCGAGUGACGGAUGAUGGUGGGAUUCACGUGUACGUGCAUCCUGAAGAUGCCCUCAGCAUGCAUGGAGAAGAAAGUGAAGACGAGGUGGUUUGCACCACAGGGACGCAUCCUAUAUCUCUACCAUCAUUCAAAGAAAGCAGACACCAGGAGCUGCUUCCCGACCCGAUCUUGAGGCUCAGUCGAAUCAUCGGCUUUGGAGGAGCCACUAGCAGAUGCGCUCUUUGGACCAGAUCUGGGGAGGCUGUGGUGUAUCCGUGUCACGCUAUUAUUGUAUCUAUGAAUAUUUUAUCCAGAGAGCAGAGAUUCUUCAUCGGGCACACUGAUAAGAUCUCUACUCUGGCUUUGAAUGGAAAUACCACACUGCUAGCCUCAGGACAAAAUGGCAACAACAGUGUAGUCCUAAUAUGGGACUACAAUCAAGGACACCGUCUGUCAAUGUUUAGGGCUCAUGCUCAUUCUUUAUGCUCUCUGAGUUUCUCUUUUGGAGGUGGCAUUCUCUGUGGUGUGGGUAAAGACAGACACAAUAAAACGAUGGUGGUGGUGUGGAACACUCUAAAUGUUUCUAGAGGUGGAGACGUGACCAUCUUGGCCAAAGCGCACACAGAUGUGGAUAUUAUUACCAUGAAGGUUGCCUUCUUUGAUGACACAAGGAUGGUCUCCUGUGGUCGUGAAAAUAUCCGUCUGUGGAGAGUUCGGAACGGGACUCUGAGGUCCUGCCCUGUUAACCUCGGCCAUUACCACUCACUGGACUUCACAGAUGUGACCUUUGAGGAGGGGAUCUCCUCUGAUCAGUGUGUUGAUGAUCGAACGCUAUUUGCCUGCACUAAAAGUGGCCAUAUAUUUGAGAUAGACUACAGCAGAGUAGCUGUUAAAAACGUAAGGAAGUUGUUGCCUGCACAGCAGCAGCAUGCAGACGGCAGGGAGAACUGCUCUUUUAACACCGGUUCAGGAAUUGCCAUCAACAGCAUCAGCGUCUCUUCCUCAUUCUGCGCCACCGGCUCCGAAGAUGGCUUCCUGCGGCUCUGGACCCUUGAUUUCUCUGCUAUCCUUUUAGAGGCUGAGCAUGAAGGGCCAGUGAGCGAGGUGUCGAUCUCAUCUGACAGCCUACAGGUGUUGGCAGCCACCACCUCCGGAAACCUGGGUUUUCUUGAUGUGAGCACCCGUGGCUACAACACCCUGAUGAGGUCACACACUGACGCCGUGCUAGGCUUCAGUGUGGAUGGGAUUCGGCGCCAUCUAACAACAGCCUCAGCCGACGGAACGGUGCGGGUGUGGAACAUGGAUUCCUUGCAUCAGUUGUAUGAUUUUGUGUCAGAAGACAAUCCUUGCUCCGUGGCAUUUCAUCCACAUGAGCAGACCUUCUCGUGUGGCUUCAGCUCUGGGAUCGUCAGAGUUUUUGACAUUUCCAGCUCCAAGCUGUUGGCUGAGCAUAAACAGCACCGAGGUGAGGUAAUUGGAUUGGCCUUUUCUGCUGACGGUGAGUUCAUGUACAGCGCUGAUUCGGAGGGAUCUUUGGCUCUUUACAAUGCGAGUGAGGAGGAUCACCUUUUAACCAGAGUGACAUGUAACGUUGUGGCCCGUGGCACUGAACGUGCUCCAGAUGCUCUCUCUGUCAGCGGAGACAGCAGCCGGCUGGCAUUUGUUGGUCCCUCUCAGUAUAUCGUCACCAUUGCUGAUGCUCGAUCACUGGAUGAGCUGCUGCGUGUCGAUGUGAGUAUUUUGGAUGUGGAAAGCCCUCAGUUGGAUUCAGCACUGAAGGUCUGCUUCUCUCCGGCCUCAACUGAACAUUUGCUCGUCACUACGUCUGCAAACAAGAUCCUUUGGCUCAGCUCCAAGACCGGCCGUCUACUCCGACAGGUGUCCAAUGUACAUAAGCAUCUAUGCUCUUCCCUGGCUGUGAGUGAAGACAGCCGCUUCCUCCUGACUUCUGGACACAAUGCUGUGAAAGUUUGGGAUUAUAACAUGACACAUCGUGUUAACUCACAGAUGUUCAUCGGCCACAGUCAGCCUAUUCGCCAGGUCAGCUUCACCCCCGACCAGCUGGGGGUUGUCUCAGUGGGAGAUGCCAUUUUUUUUUGGGACUUCUUGGCAGAUCCUGAUGAAGGUUUAACUGACAGUGGCUCCCUCUUUAAAGCAAGACAAAGCUCAUCUAUGGCAGCAGAAGCGCGGCUGUCCAAUGGGAUGCCUCGGCAGACGGCUCCCCUCCCUUCCUCCCAGCAACAGCUGGAUGUCAGUUCUAUGGACCACGUUAUGCAGAGAGGUUUUGGUUCCCUGCCUGUUUGUGAAGAUGACCCAGCAAAGCCUGUUCAAAGCACUGCUCCAAACCCAAGCUCUGAUUCCAGACCUGCCGUCUCCUUUCUCAAAGUCACUGACUUGGACUCAGACAGCUUUUCUCCCCUGAAUGCAGACUCUACUCAGAAUCAGCUGGAACGCCCAGAUUGCUACAAGCACUUUAUUCCUCGUUUGAGAACCUUUUCUCCAGAUCAGUCUAUUGCAGUUCCUCAACCUCAAGAUGAAGGAAUAAAACUAAAAGCAGUGAUUGGAUACAAUGGCAAUGGUAGAGGCAACAUGGUCUGGAGCCCUGAUCAAGGUUUAUUUGCAUAUUCUUGUGGCUGUGUGGUGGUGGUGGAAUAUCUUCAUUCAGGGACGCAGAAACACCUGCAGGGCCACAGCAAAGAGAUUUCCUGUCUAGCAAUCUCUAACGAUGCCCAGACCAUGGCGUCAGCUGCUGGCGGUAAUGGCAGCACAAGCUCAGUCUUCAUCUGGGAUGUUCAGAGCGGAACUUGCCGUAAAACUCUCUCCUACCAUAAGGGAGCAGUGCAGAGUCUUGCCUUUUCCAGGGAUGACCUUCUCUUCCUCUCUGUAGGAGACUUCUCAGAUCCAGGGUUGGCCCUGUGGAGCACUGAGAACUUCAAGUUGUUAUCUAGUGUAAAAAUGUCUGGACCAAUCCAUGAUGCUGCUUUCAGCCCUUCAACAGCCGGUCAGAUGGCAUGUGUAGGGAGCCGUGGGGUCUACUUCUGCUCCAUCCAAACACACCUAUCAAACACAGACUUGAAGGUCCAUAGGGUGUCUCCACCAUCAGAGGUGGGUGAGGUGGAGCUGACAGCUCUGAGCUACCAUAUGGACAGCUAUCUGUUAACAAGCACAAAUCGAGGACAUGUUUGUGCAUGGGACAUUACCAAACUGUGCUGCUUUAUGAUCUGGAAAGCAGAUGAUGGAGAAAUUGGAGUGCUGCUCUGUCGAGGGAAUCGCUUGCUCACAGGCAGUAACACACACUGGCUGCGGGUAUGGGACAUUAAAGCUGCACAGGGCAUGAGGUCUACAGAAAACAUAUGCAGGAUAAAAAGCGGGACGAAGGUUGUCAUGGAGCAGGAGCUAAUGCUGGACGGGACGAUGGUCAGCGCAGCCUUCGAUAGCUCAGUAGACAUGGGCAUUGUUGGCACCACAGCAGGAACCCUUUGGUACAUCAACUGGUCAGACAACAGCAGCAUCCGUCUGGUCAGCGGGCACAGGUCAAAGGUCAAUGAUGUGGUUUUCAGCUGUGAUGAGAGCCACUUUGCCACCUGCAGCGAGGACGGCAGUGUGAGGGUGUGGUCAACCUCCAGCUAUGAACUGGUGGUGCAGUUCCAGGUGAUCGACCAGGCCUGUGGCUGUCUGUGCUGGAGUCCUUCUUCUGGUGAAGAUGGCGCACAUAUAGCUGCAGGAUACGGCGACGGGACCCUUAGGAUUUUCCGGCUCGCUUCGAAAGAGAUGGAAAUGAAGCUUCAUCCUCAUUAUGUGGCCGUUUCGGCCAUCACUUAUUCUGCCAGUGGUCAUGUGAUCCUUUCAGCGGGGGACGGCCUAGUAGCUGUGAGCAGCCCAACAAGUGGAGCAACAAUUCGUGUCAUCAGGGACCAUAAAGGAGCAACAAUAACCUCAAUCCAAUGUGUCAACGAACAGUGCAAGAAGUUUGGAGUGGAAGGGAAUGAGCUGUUUUUAGCUGCUGGUGCAGACAGACGGGUCAGUGUUUGGGCCACCGACUGGUCGAAGGAGAAGUGUGAUCUGCUGGACUGGCUGACAUUUCCUGCUCCGGCCAACUUUGAGGAUGACAGUUUUCCACCCAGUCUGGCUGCUUUCUACCCAGCAGAUCAUAGCCUGCUGGUCUACACUGGCUAUGCAGUAGAGAAGGAACUCUCCUUUUACAGCCUGACUAAAAAACAGAUCAUUAAAAAGAUUUCCCUGACUCACUGGGCCACGUGCCUUAGCCUGUCUUCUAAGAAUCAUCUCUUAGUCGUUGGAUCUAAAGAGCGAGUGCUGAAGCUGAUCAAGUCAACCAGUGGAAGGUUUCAGGACUUCCUGCAGCACAGCGACUCGGUGCAGACGUGUCAUUUCUCUCCCUCUGGGAUGCUUCUGUUCUCUGCAGCUUAUAAUGAGGUUCUGCUCUGGGAGGUGCCAGGAUUCUGACCACCUCCUCUGGGGUUUUAACAUGUAGCACUGCAGGUUUAUUUAUUUAUUGUGCCGGUUUUAUAAGUUUUACUGUAUUGUUAAAUAGAUUUCUAUAAAUCUAAUCAGAAUUUUGUAUUUAGGGUUUUAAGAAUAAAAUGU